GCCCGAUGGUGUAAUCAAUUGGGUCCUGCAUAAUAUACAUAUAUGUAGUACUUCUAUGUUCAUAGUAACUCUCUGCGGCGGGGAAUCGAACCCCUAUAUAUAUAACCAGUCUUUGCGCCCUAAUCAACCCACCUCACUCAAGCUACCUGCACACACACGACCUGCUGUAUGAUUUUAUCUUUGAAUAUGGCCACAUUGCGUAAUCCAAAAUUCCAAUCGAGCCCAUCUCGAACCAGCAAGUCUAUCGGACACACCACAGCACCCGUCUUUCCUAGCCAAUAUGCCUCACUACUGGAUUCCAUCACAAUAACACCACAAGAACACAGCCUGUUGCAGGAAUUACUGGCGAGCCACCAACUCCAAAGCGUUGGGUCCGGCCCACUGCACGCUGUGCCGAGCAAACCUAACAAUGCGACGAGCCACGCCUCUCACGAUUCCAAUUGGAACAGUCACUAUUCCAACUCCGAGGAAAAUGCGCGGAGUCCACAAGAAGCACCGCAUGCGUUGGGCGUACUGGCGGAAAUAGCGGAUAUAGAGCGAGCUUGGGAGUCCUGGAAUAGCUAUUGCAUAUCGUGAAUCUCGAAUGUACUUUCCUCGUCUGUCAUACCAUAUAACUUCCCGAACUCAGGUGAAUAAAGCUUUUCACGUUCCAUGUUUUGAUUUCUUCGAAAACACAAUCACAAUGAUUUGCGUCAAGGACCCCCAAGCGCCUAAAUACGCAAAUGGCCUUCAGGACCGUGGACAAUGGCGGGGUUUCCAUUAUCGGAGGAUUGGCUGGGCUUUGAG